AUGGACAACCCAGUUAGAAGAAUAUUGUCAAAAAACUUCAUUGCUUUAAUAUUUCACACUUUAAUAAAACACAAAUCCAGAUUAGCCCGUUUACAAAGGCAACAUAGUUAAAAUUAGGAAUCAGAAAGUACAAAAGCAGAAGGGCUACAAUGACUGUGCACUCUUUGCUAUAGCCUUUGCCAUCACUCUAUGCCACGGUGGUGACCCCACCACCAAGAGAUAUGACCAGAGAGCCAUGCGCCAGCACCUUGUUGAUUGCCUGGAGUCUUCAAGGAUGACUGAGUUCCCACCAACUGAUGAUAUAGUUGAGCUUGUUCAUCCUGUGGUAGGCAAAAAUGUACCU